CGCUUUAGCGCCCUGCCCGCCGCCGCCAUGCAUUGUGGGGCGGCAGCAGCAGAGCCAAGAUGGCGGCCAGCAGGAGGCUGAUGAAGGAGCUUGAAGAAAUCCGCAAGUGUGGAAUGAAAAACUUCCGUAAUAUCCAGGUUGAUGAAGCUAAUUUAUUGACCUGGCAAGGGCUUAUUGUUCCUGACAAUCCUCCAUAUGACAAAGGAGCCUUCAGAAUCGAAAUCAACUUCCCAGCAGAAUAUCCAUUCAAACCUCCCAAGAUUACAUUUAAAACAAAGAUCUAUCACCCUAACAUCGAUGAAAAGGGGCAGGUUUGUCUGCCAGUAAUUAGUGCUGAAAACUGGAAGCCAGCAACCAAAACUGACCAAGUAAUCCAGUCCCUCAUAGCACUGGUGAAUGAUCCACAGCCCGAGCAUCCCCUCCGGGCUGACCUAGCUGAAGAAUACUCUAAGGACCGUAAAAAAUUCUGUAAGAAUGCUGAAGAGUUUACAAAGAAAUAUGGUGAAAAGCGACCAGUGGACUAAAAUCUGACACGAUUGAUGUCAGCAACGUACGAUAGAAGAUCGGAGCAGUGCAUUUGAGACACCCCGUAAAGCAGGACUCUAUGGAAAAUUGACAAGUGCCACCUUUCGGUGUUAACUUGUGGCUGUUACUAACUUUCUACAGUUUUCUUAAUCAAAAGUGGGCUAGGUAACCUGUAAAGAAAGGAUUAAAAUUUAAGAUGUUCUAGUUCUGCUUUCUUUGUUUAAAAAUCACUGCUUCAAUAUACUUUAAAGUAUGCUGUUUUCUUUUUCUUGUCAGAAUUUAUCAAAAAUAUCUUAGACUUAUAUUCUGCCCUUAAAUUGAAAAGGUUGUGGCUGUCAUUUCUUAUUUUCCCUUGCAGUUCCUGCUCUCUUGGAUUCGUUUAAUUCCUCAUUGAGUUUUAGCCCCUUCCCCCCAAACUGAUGUCUUAGAAAAAAAAAUACCCCAGUUCUGGCAGAACGUGAUUGAGUGUUUGGCAGUUUUGUUUACUUUUCUUUCUAAAUGUUGCACUGUGCUUGGUGGGACUUCUUGCAAGUUCCCCUUCAGUUUGUAACAUAAUAAACAAACAAAAAGAAAACCCUCCAAACCAACCUCACAAAACCAAUCAGAAAUAAUGUCCAGGUCUCAUGUAAAUCUGGCUGAUGUUACCACAAAACAUUUAUUAAACGGGGAAACCCAACCUUUGUGUGUGUCAUUGAGUUCCAGUGUGGCUUAUGUCCUGCUUUUGGAAGACUCUGUGGGGAAAAAAAUUCUGUAGCAAACUAGCAGUGGAAUGUGAUUAUAAACUUCUUUCACUUCUGUUGUUCCUGCCUGGGCAGAGUAGCCAGGAAAAUGUGCACAGGACAACACUGCAACCAGUUGAGAAGAGUGUCAGAACCCGGGGACCAAGAGGUACCAAAGUCAUCAACUGUUUUUUUGGGUUUUUUUUAGUUAAACUGGUCUGGAAAUGUUAAUCUUGAAUUCAAAUACUAAAUCUGACAGCACUGCUAGUCAUCUUAGGACAUUUUUUCCAUCAGAAUAUUUUAAGAACCAUCUGUGUUCCAUGGGAGGGCACUUGUGCUCCUUCCCAGCUCGAUUGCUGUACAGUCCUUAGUGAAAAUGGGAUGAGACAGUGUGAAGCAAUAACCUGUCCAAGAGAACGCUGGGCUGCUGCAGCUCCUGGGCUACAAACAGGUCAGAUGAUUUAAUGAGGGCUUCAUGUCUCAUUCUGUCAUUCUAACUUGACCAGGCAGAGCUGUUUCCUGCUGCUCCAGGGCACACCUGUGCAUGCUGAAGGAAGCCCUUUCUGCUCCAAAUUGAGCCUCCUUGGCUGGGUGUCUAUUGCCUCUCCUGCCUGCCCGCUGCUUUCCCUGAUCUAAAGUGUGAUCAUGGCUCCAGUUAAACUGCCACACAGUCAAACUGCCGCCCCUUCCCUGCCUGCCCAACUUGGGUGUGUGAUUGAACAAACGUUUCUCUCCAGAAAUCUGUAGGUAUCUGGGAGCACAUAUCAUUUUGAUGUGCAGGAAGUUUGAGUUAGAAAACUCUCCCACCCAGAUGGUUGUUCUCCUCAGUUUGAUUUUAAUGCAGCCUCUGCCUUUGCAACCUUUCAGAACUAGUGUGUGAGCAGUAGGUCUCUUUUGGUUUUAAUGUCUUGUAUAUUUGCUGUAUCUUCAUCCCUCUCAUCUGGCUUUCACUUCUGAUUUAGUGUAAACAAUGACAGCCCAGUACCUCACCUCUGUUGAAAGUAAUUUUUUUUAUAAGUUAGGGAGCUAAGAAAUUUUAUGUUUAAGUGUUCUUAGACAGAUUCUUUGGCAGGUAAAUAAAGUUCAACCACUUUCACCUUAUUUACGGAAACUUGCAUUUCCCAGGUGUUUUCAGGCUUGUGAGAGCACUGUCUGUUACCAAAUUUCACAUCUUUGUGUCUUCAUUUGCAGAAAGUUGGUACUGAUUUUGUUUCAUUCACGCUCACUCAAGAUUCAUAAUAAAAUAAUGCCAAAUUAUCUGUCAA